AUGGCGAUGGAAGUCAGCGAAGGCACCUGGCUGUGUGAAAUGGCAUUGUGGGUUCAGUGGUGGCAUCGGGGACAGCUUUCCGCUCAAGGUGUGUGCCUGUACACUUUUGUGGAUGUCGCGAAGUUUGUUCGACUGGUGAUCGAAACGGGCGGCUACAGCUACAUGUACCUUCGUACAGUUGGUAUUCUCAUGACGGCGGUCAUGGAGAACAUGAUGUCGGAAGACCAGGAGAACGACCUCUCCAUCGAUGAGGCUGGGUUUCUCGCCCCCCCCCCCCCCCCCCAGCCCGCCCCCAGAAAGGUGUUUCAAGUGCAGUGUUUCAAGUGUUUCAACACACUUGAAACACUUGAAACACUUCCCCCCCCCUGA